GCAGUCGGAUAAAGGCUCUGACGGGGACGCAUGCGUGAAUGGAGGAGUUUUAUAGUGUGAUUUGGGGUUCAGGGGACAAUGUUGAGCCUGCUCCUGGGGAGGCUCACUGUGUGAGAGGCCAGUGAUGAAUGCAUAAUCUGUAGUACCUUUCUGUGCACAGAGUUAAAACAGUCUGAGUUUUAUCCGACUCCCAGUACUAUUGGUGACAAAUUUGAUCCGUUAAUAACUUUGAAGGAUACGCGAAGGGUUUGAUAGUAUGGAACUCACCAGAGACUUGUCCAGUGACACAGAACCAAACAUUGGACCAGAGAGAAGUCCAUCUGUGGCAUCCCUAGAGAGUGGAUCUCAGAACAUCGGGAGGAGCUUCGAUGCUGUUGUGUUUGAUGUUCUCAUGGUGUCCCCAGAACAGUUUGCAAGUCAGAUCACGUUGCUGGACAUUACUGUCUUCAAAUCCAUCCAGCCUGAGGAACUGUCCAGUUGUGCAUGGAACAAGAAGGGGAAGCAUACAUUGGCUCCCAAUGUGGUAGCUUUUACCAGGAGAUUUAAUCAGAUCAGUUUCUGGGUGGUCAGAGAAAUUCUCACCAAACAAGUGCUUAAAACAAGAGUUGAUGUUCUCAGCCACUUUAUCAAAAUCGCAAAAAAACUUCAGGAUCUCAAUAAUCUCCAUGGCUUGAUGGCAGUUAUCUCGGCUUUACAGAGCACACCAAUAUUCAGGCUGUCAAAAACAUGGACGUUGCUAAGCAGGAAAGAUAAGGCUAUGUUUGAAAAACUGGAGACUCUGAUGUCCAAAGAAGAUAACUAUAAGGAGCUAAGAGCUUACACCAGCUGCUUGAGAAAUACUCCAUGCAUUCCGUAUUUAGGGAUGCACCUGUCUGAUCUCACCUACAUCGAUGCAGCAUAUCCAGCUGCAGAAAGUAUCCUAGAAGAUGAGCAUCGCUGUGAUCAGAUCAACAAAGUUUUACGGGUUAUCAGUGACUUUCAGCAGUUCUGUGUAUAUGAUCUUCCAUCAUUGCUUCAUAUCCAGAAGUACCUGAACUCUGCAAGAUACAUUGAGGAGCUACAAUUCUUCUUGGAGCAAGACAACUACAGACUGUCUCUGAUGAUCGAACCUGUGUCAUGUACUCUGCGUCGAGUCUCUGAAAGAGAAGCUGAAGGCCCACUCUCCUCCACUGAGGUAGUUGAAUAUUCUGAUGGCGAUGCCACAACCAUGUGUCUGUGCCUGAUGCGUGGUCACAGGAAAUGGCAGAGCGCUGACUACAAUGGUAGACGGGUGAGUAUCACAGACCCCAAGGGAGCCACGUUCCCCAGCAGUCGACCUCGGAGUCUCUUGGAUGAUAGUGUGAUGGAAGACAGUUUGCUGUGGGUGAUGCAGACUAAGGGCCAGCCUGCCUGUGACCACUCUCAGGCUUUCCAAGAAGAAAGUAGCGAUGAUGACGAGAAAAGCACGAGGCCAGCUUUUGAAAGACCUGUAUUACCUGAUGGCCAAGGGUGUGCAACCAUUGAAAGUGUUCUGCGGAGGAAAAUCAUCCUGAAGAACGGCAAGAAACCACUGGUGGCAGCGUGGACGACGUAUUGGGUUGCACUCUGUGACUGCCAGUUAGUCUACUAUGGAGCCAGAAGCCUGAAGUCAACUGAAAGAAAACAGUUUAAGUCGAGUUUCUGCAAGAGGUUGUCAAUCGUGGGUUGGAUACCUCUUCUGCUUGAAGAUCCAGAGAGUGUGGACAUGUUCCAGCUCAUGGACCCUGAACACGGGAAUUCCUAUAAAUUUCAGGCAGACAGCAGAAUGAAUGCGAUGCUAUGGUUCAAGCACCUGAGCAGGGCUUGCAAGAGCAACUGGAGGCAGCUUCCCACAAACUUGAUGUCUUUUGAAUGAGUCCAAGAAUCCUAAUGGAGGGAGAGAUGGAGAUCGUGCUGCAAUUUAUAGAUUUAAAUAAGAGGAUGGCUCUUUGAUGUGCAAAUGUGCCUGAUCUUGGGAAGCUAAUUAAACCGUCUGCCAGCAUGGUUUAUCAGCCUGUCGAAACUUCCGUUGUGGAGCAGAUCCAGAGACCCGAGCAAUAGUGAUAUUUCAAGCAGAGCAGAAAGAUGAGAUAAAACGGAGUCCUGUUACUGUCCAACAAAGUGCUGAUGGAAGAUAAUGACUAGCAACAACAUGUUGGGAAAUUUGAUUUUGGUGUGGUUUCUGUUUUUGUGACUGGGGGGAAUAUUUACCAAUCUUUUAGGGACUUUAGAGAUAUUUUGCAGCGUUUGUGCAACUUUGACACUGCAUUGAGGAUUUCCUGUUGAUAAUCUUUGCCCAGGUGUGGCUUUAAUCCAUAUUGUACAAAUGGUUUAAACGUGGGCAGGCUGGGGCUACUUUGCUCUCUAAUUUAAAAUAAAAUCAUUGUCCCUCUUACCAACCUUGAGUUACUAGAGGGAAACACAACUUGCCCUUGAGACUCAGUCGUAACACUGCUGCUGUGAGUUUGGAGAAUGUCUAUGUUAUGGAGUCACCUUCCAUUUGGUUACUGUUCAAACAUUGGAGCACCUCGGAUAGGGAACAUUUAUCAGGAAUCCCAGGCAUGCAUCCAAGCAAUCAAGGGCAUGGGGAGCUGAAGAUUAACAUACCCUGCCAACACUUUAUAAGUCCUAGCUGUCCUGGGCAUUGGCAAACUGGGUCUGCUUAUUCUUGAAACACAUCAAUUGAUUGAGGAACUGUCAAAGCACUUUGAAAGGAGCACUGUCCAAACAAAACUCUUAGCAUGAUGGAACAACAAAGUAAAAUACAUCUCUUGCAUAAAAUGCUGGUGGAAAUGGCUCAAAACAACAAAUAAAAGUCCUUGAUGCUUU